GUCAGCAUUGUAAUUAUGGUAGUUGGAGUAUUACUUCAGCGACAGUGUAUCAGUUUAGUAUAGAAGACUGGAACGAUAACAGUAAAUUGUAGAAAGAUCAAGUGCAAUACGAAGCUAGUAAAUUUUUGUAUCAAAUUUUGUAAAAUUGCUGAACUGCAAGUAAACCGCUGACAAUUGUUGCACACAUUGCAAAUUGCAUAUGUUUGCCUUAAUUAAGCCAAAGGAAUUUUAAAGACUGAAAGGAAGAAAUAUAUAUAUAUAUAUAUUAGCAUAAAAUUAUAGUAAUUGUGUUUAAAAGUUCUAUAUUCAUAAAUAAAUAAACGAAUUAGUAAUAUUAUGGAGGAACUAAAUAGUAUACUUGAGAAAACAAAAGAUCAAUCCACACAGAAAGAACAGGAUGAGAUUUUACUGCAGCCGUUUACUUAUAUACAGCAAAUUCCUGGCAAACAAUUUCGGUCGCAAUUGUCGUUGGCUUUUAACCACUGGCUGCACAUACCCACAGAGAAGCUGCAUCAGAUUGGAGAGAUUGUGCAAAUGUUACACAACUCUAGUUUAUUAAUUGAUGAUAUUGAAGACAAUUCAAUACUUCGCAGAGGCGUUCCUGUAGCACAUUCGAUAUAUGGAGUUGCCAGCACAAUAAACGCAGCAAAUUAUGUACUAUUUCUAACAUUGGAAAAAAUACAGCAACUAGGACAUCCUGAAGCAAAUCAAGUUUACACUGAACAGUUGUUAGAGUUACAUCGUGGUCAGGGCAUGGAAAUAUAUUGGCGGGAUAGCUUUAUUUGUCCAUCGGAAUCUGACUAUAAGUUGAUGACUGUACGUAAGACGGGCGGUUUAUUUAUGUUGGCAAUUCGUUUAAUGCAAUUGUUCAGUGAUAAUAAAGAGGAUUUUACAAAGUUAACAGCAAUAUUGGGUUUAUACUUCCAAAUACGUGAUGAUUAUUGUAAUCUAAUCUCCAAAGAAUACAGUGAAAACAAAAGUUUUGCUGAAGAUUUAACAGAGGGUAAAUUUGGUUUUCCUGUAAUACAUGCCGUGAGAUCGCAAAAACGUGACAAACAAGUUCUGCAUAUACUACGGCAGCGGACACAUGAUGUUGAGGUUAAAAAGUAUUGCAUUAGUUUGCUUGAAAAACUUGGAAGCUUUAAAUAUACACGUGAGGUACUGGCAUCUUUAGAUAAAGAAGCCAAAGCGGAAGUUGCUCGUUUGGGUGAAAAUCCUUAUAUGGAGGUCUUAUUGGAUAAGUUAAAUUCAUGGAGAACAAUUGAUAAUCAUGUUGACAACAUAAACGAUGAUCUGCAGCAAAAUAAUCAUAACUGCAAUUAACAACCAAAGAGGCAAAAGAGGGAAUUUUGAAUAAAUGUAGAUUCAACCUCUUUUGCUGUUAAAAAUGAGACAAAUUUUAAAAAUAUUUUCCAAAAACUUAAAAUAUUUUAAUUAUACUUAAUAAUAUGAGAAUAUAAUUUUCAAUAUUUUUGGUAGAAAUAAUAUGCAAUGCGCUAACACAUUAACACUUAAACUUUGCUCUUAGUUCAACCGGUGUGGACAGUUAAAUUUACACUUUAAAAAGCCAAGCUUUAGUAAAUAAUUUUUUAAUAUCUAUGAAUUUAUUAAUAUAUUAUGUUAAAAGGGUUUUUUUUUUGUUAUA